AGUUCGUUUCCUGUUAACUUUCAGUCAUGGCAUCGAGUGAAAUAUUUUGGAAUCUUGGCCAUAAUAUUACUGGCCAUAAUUUGACUGGGAGCCGUAGUAUGGGAUAUCGUUUAUUUAGAGCUUUUUUUGGGACAACCCCGCAAGUUUGUGAAAUCGUUUGGCAUAUGUUGUCAACCAGACGGCCACCACAAUCGACCCCCCAUCAUCUCUUAUGGGGACUUUUGUUGUUAAAGCAAUACAAUAUAGAGAGUGUAAAUUCAGCGCUUGUUGGAGUGACGGAAAAAACUUUUCGUAAUUGGUCGCUAAUGUAUAUUCAACUUAUUGCCAAACUCCCGGUGCUUGAUUUCGAAAGGCGUCUUGAAAACGCGCCUGAAGGUACCACUACGUUCGUUUCUCUUGACGGCACCGACUUUCCAAUAUUGGAGCCCACAGAAUUUGACCCAAAAUGGUUUUCGCAUAAAUUCAGAGGACCUGGACUUCGCUAUGAAAUUGGACUUUGCAUUACGACGGGUAAUAUUGUUUGGGCCCACGGUGGAUACCCUUGCGGCGAAUGGCCCGACUUGAGAUUAGCUCGUGAUGCUUUCAUCGACCAUCUUGAAAUCGGAGAAAAGGCCUUGGCCGACAAGGGCUAUCGAGACAAUAAUUAUUUUGUAAAUCCCAAUGGAAAUCAGAUGAAAAAAAAAAUUCUAGCAAGACAUGAAACAGUAAACAAAAGAGUUAAACAAUUUUACUCCAUGAAAAAUGUAUUUCGUCAUGUGUUAACUUUGCAUCCAUCUUUUUUCCGUGCCGUUGUCAACUUGACACAAAUAAUGAUUGAUAAUGGCGAACCUUUGUAUGAAGUUGAGCAAGUAGAAGAAUGGCUUUCAUCGUAA